AUGGGUAACUUGAUAGGAGUGAGUAGAAAUCCUCCAAGUUUAACAGAGUUACUUUUGUUACACGAUCUGCGAGUAUCGACGUCUCCCAAGGCGUUCACGACAACAACGACAACGACAACUACGACUACGACGACAACCACGACGAGUAGUAGCAGCAGUAGCAGCUCAUCUUCAUCGAGUUGUAGUAGUAGCAGUAGCAGUAGCAAGCAACAGGCAUCAUCGUCAUCGUCAUCCCCUUCAUCAUCGUCAUCGUCACCGGCAUCAUCCAAUAUUACGUCAUCGGCAUCAUCUCCAGAUACACAGAACCAUCAUCACCAUCACCAUUACUUUAAAUCACAACAACCAACCGUCGAAUUAUUUGCCAGUUAUCUCUUUAUGUGGCGUGCACACGUUGAUACCAGCGAUCCACUAUUUACACAGUUUGAUAUCGUCGACCUGCACACCUUUAAACAAUUCAACAACAAUGAAUGUUAUAUAGUUUUACAUGUUAUCAAUAACAAUGAAAUUCAAAGACAACAACAACAAGGUAUCCAACAACCACCGGUACAACCACAACCACAAACAGGAACAGGUUUAUUUAAUCAAUUAAAUAAUAUUGUUUUUCAACAACAACAACAACAACAACAACAACAACAACAACAACAACAACAACAACAACAACAACAACAACAGGAUACAUCUUCACUUAAAGAAGUCAUUGUUUCAGCUCAAUCAGAGCUUACGCCAAGAGGAUUGUCAUGUCCUGCCGAUGUCAAUUCCCUCGAUCCAAUUUCUCAUUUUGAAACUGAAGAAAUUUCUCAUGACGUUUAUAUAUGGAAUGGAAAGAAUUCAUUACCGAUUACCAAAGCAUUAUGUUUUGCAAAGGGAUUUGAAUUGGUAAAGGCAUUAAAGUUUAGCGAAACAUUUAUCAACAAGAACCUUGUGUUUAAGAGCAAGGAGGGAUACAUCGAUCAGUCAAACGCACCCGAUUCAAAUUUCUCCUCGUCGUCCUCGUCGUCGGCGUCCUCCUUGUCAACAUCACCAAUUGCCACCUCUGUCAUUGCACAGUCCAAUUCAUCGAAUUCAUCCAACACUUCUUCAACCAACACUUCAACCAACACUUCAACAACCAACAACAAUGUAAAUAAUACAAUUUGGAAGAUACCAACUUCCUCUAGCCUUUUAAUCCAACGUUUAUUCCUGACUCAUUCGUCGUCAUCUUCAUCGUCAUCAUCAUCGAUGAUGAUUUCAUCUACAGCAACCAAUAAUAAUAACAACAACAAUAAUAUUAAUAAUAAUAAUAAUGAUAGUAUGCUAGAAUCCAGCCAUUUUUCUCCACUCUCUUCAUAUUUUAUUGAUGAUGUUACACAGAAUCUUUUCAACACUAAUCAACCGAAUAAUAAUAAUAAUAAUAACAACACCAAUAAUAACACUUUUAAUAGUAUUCAUCUUUUUAAACAAAUUCUACGAAAGAAUUACCCAAGCCUUUUCAGACCUUCAUUGCCAUCAUCUGUCAUUGCCACCUCUGCAUCCUCAUCCAUUCUAUCGAUUGGUUCCAUGUUUGGAGGCAAGUUCCCUGCAAGCAUUGAAAUGGGUCAUUUGGACAAGAUCAUUGAAAAUAACAACACAUCUCAAAAACAACAAAAUAUAUCGUCGUCGUCCAAUAGUUUUCCAAGUUUACCUACUUUUAACCCAAGAUAUGAGGUUUUAAAAAAGUUGUCGUCAUUAUCCAAUGCUGCGACACCCGCAACUAGAGCAAGGUCAUCGUCAUCACCAUCACGCCCUUGUGUGCCUAAACUACCGAUGCACAAGGUGAGGAAUAUCCCAGUACUCGAUAUUCCCACUCUAUCCAGUAUGGCAAUGACUCCAAGUCCACCUUCAUCAUCUUCAUCGUCUUCAUCUACAAGUAGCAGUAGUAGUAUUUGUAGUAAUAAUAGUAGUAUACAUAGUAAUCAUAGUAAUCACAGUAGUCAUAGUAAUAAUAAUAAUAAUAAUAUAUCAGUUUUAACCUCCUCAUUAACUUUAAAUGAUCAUGUAAAUCCAAUCAAUAAUCUUAAUCUAAAUAAUUUAAAUCUCAACAACAAUGGUAAUAAUAAUAUAAAUAGUAGUAAUAAUAAUCCAACUAUGAUUAAAAAUCAUAAAAUAUCAAAUUUAAAUAUUAACAAACAGAAUUCAAUGUCAUCGAUACCAUUGGUUCCUGGAUUAAAUAUACCAUCAUCGGUGGCAUUAAAAUUGCCUAGUCUCUCUAGACUAUCGAGUCUUUCAUCGGCAAUGGAACCUCCACCAACCGCUCGAAAGUCAAUGAGCGAAAUGUCAACCAAGGAAAUCAUAGAUUACUACGACCCAAUCCUCAACAAAAUCACAGAACAUCUUUAUUUGGGAAGUAGAAUACCGGCAAGCAACAGCAAGGUGCUCAAGGAAAAUGGAGUUUCACAUAUUCUAAACUGUGCUGGCAUGGUGUGCACAAAUCAUUUCCCCGAAGAGUUUGUAUAUAAAACACUAUACAUUAGUGAUGGUAACGGAGAGGAUAUCACUUGUUUCUUUUAUGAAGUAUUGGACUUUAUUCAAGAUGCAAUCGAUCGUGGUGGCAAGGUUUUCAUUCACUGUCAUCAAGGUAUCUCUAGAAGUAGCGCUUUUGUUAUCCUUCAUCUAAUGUAUAAAAAUAAUUGGGAAUUUAAUUAUGCUUUUGAUUAUACAAAAGAAAGAAGAGCAAUUUCAAAUCCAAAUCCAGGAUUUACUGGACAAUUAUUAUUAUGGAGAAAGAAUUCAAAAGAAGGAUGGAAAGAACCAAAAUUAUAUAGAAUGGUUCAAUUGGUAGGGAACAAGGUAGUUGCCAAGGUUUCAAAGAUAACCUAUUUGUCGUUGGAUUCGAGAUGCUGUUUUAUUCUAAAGGUUGACAAUUGUAUCUAUUUGUGGGUCGGUGAACAAUGUUUUGGAACAACAGGUGAGGCCUAUAUAGAAGGAGCACGCAUGGCAAUCUCAAGACUACAAAGAUACGAACGUGCAUCGAUCAGCAUCAAGGAGAUCAAACAGGGACAGGAAGACCUUGAAUUUUGGCAACUCUUGGGGGGAGAAGGCGUUGGUAUUGGCGACGACUAUGAAAGAGAUCUCAUCAGACAACAGCAACAACAACGACUCUUGCUCUCACACAAUGUAAAUAGUAGCUCUCAGAGCAUCGGUGAAAAAUCUUAUCUGUAUAGACUUUUGGAUGGAGAUCAAUGGGAUUUAUACGAUGUUUUUGACGUGGACGAUCUCGAAGAUGAUGGACUCUUUAUCUUGAAAUCCAAAAGCGAAAACAUAUUAUAUGUUUGGAUUGGUAAAGAUCUUAGUUUUUCGUCUUCAUCAUCGGAAUCCAAAGAAACGAUUGGUCUACGUAUGGCCAAUCGUUUUAUCAACCAGAAUCCAUCGUCUUUUGUCGAAAUGAAAUCUGCCAUUACCAUCUCUGUCAUCACUUCAGCUUCUCAAGAAACUGAUGAAUUUUUAGAUAAUUUCUAA